AAGCUAGUUAGCUAACGGAACAUAAAUACGCACACACUCUAAACUACAGUUUCUCUGUAAACGUAAAGUGCAGCAGGCUUUAACUGAAAAAUAAGGGAUAUAUUCGUGAGAUUCAGUGAACGUGGAGAACGGGUUCUCCGGCAGAGAUUGGCAAAUUAGCACCGUUAUCCUCCCGUUAAUUAGGAUUAGCUAACUUUAUCUGACUUGCAACCGAGCUAAUAAACAAUAACAAGAAGGGUCUGUAGGACAGUUUGUGGCCAGCUGCUACUUUUUGUGUAGCGCAUUUAUUACUCUGAUACCGGAUAAAUAUUAUGAUCUCAGGAAGUAGCUGAAGCUUGUCCCCGUCUCCCUAUUGCUUCCAUUUUCUCAGUCCCUAAUGCACACCAGUACGCAUUUGCUGACAAACGCUGAAUUAGCAACUCUAUAAAUGUUUCAGGCAUUCGGGAAUAUGGCUGAAUCCAGCGGUUUAAUUGAAGUCACCGUGAAAACUCUGGACUCACAGAGCAGGAGCUACAAAGUCAGGGGAGAGCUAACGGUGAAGCAGUUCAAGGAGCAUAUAGCAUCCUCAGUCGAGAUCCCCGUAGACAAACAGAGGCUUAUCUACCAAGGCAAAGUGCUGCAGGAUGACAGAACGCUGAAUGAAUACAAUGUGGAUGGGAAGGUAAUCCAUCUGGUGGAGCGUGCUCCACCUCAGCCCAAUAGCUCCUGCUUAGGGGGUGCAAGUGUUUCCACAGGAAGUGGAAACAGCAGCAGCCACAUCUCCUCCCAGGAUGCGCCACACGACCGCAACAGCUAUGUGAUGCUGGGCACCUUCAACCUGCCUGUCAACAUCAUGGACCCACAGCAGAUACAGAUGUCAGUUCAGCAUAUGAUGGCUGGGGUUGGUGAAGCAGGAAGAAGCAGCAGGGUCAGCACCAGCUCUGGGAGCAAUGGCUCGGUGGAUAUGCAGAUCAACAUGGACCAGACAGUGCAGAGUGAGCCCAGGGUGAGGCUGCAGCUGGCUGAAAACCUGCUCAGAGAUGCUCGCUCUCUAAUCCACAGACUUGAGGGAGUACCGAGUGAAAGCAGCACCCAUUCAGAGACAGAGGUACCUCAGUCCUCUUCUUCAUCCCCUAGAGGGGCAAUCACAUCACAACGCACAGACACAAACUCUCCUCCAGCUCCACUGUUUUCCACUUCCACCCAGACUGACAGACCAACCAACACUGAGCCUAACCACCCAAGUCCAGCUGAUUUUGUGGAGGUUCUCUCUGAAGUCAGGAGUGUGGAGGAGCGUUUACGUCCAUUCAUAGAGAGGACCCACUCAAUCCUUGGAGCUGCCACCUCAGCAGACUACAACAACAAUACCCAGGAAAGAGAAGAAGAUCAACGCAUUCUUAACCUGGUUGGAGAUGCUCUGCGUCUUCUAGGAAACACACUAGUUGUUCUUGGUGACCUACGCUGUAACCUGGCAACCCCUCCUCCACGUCACCUGUACAUGGUUCGUCCCAUAGGGCACUACACCCACCCAGUCUUGCUUCAGCCUGGUCUGCCGCACAUGCCCAUUCCAAUAAACCUGGGUACAACAGUAACCAUGACGUCUAAUGGUAGACAGACAGCCGAAGGACAACGGCAUCCCUCUUUGGGUGUUGCUCAAUCAGAGCAACACGUUAUAGGACAAGCACCAUCUUUUCAGGCUCAAAAUCUAGGACAGGGGGGACCCAGAGUCAUCCGCAUCACACACCAGACCAUGGAGCCUGUAGUCAUGAUGCAGAUGAACCUUGACGGUGAGUCUGCUGCUGGUUCUCAGGCUCCAGGACAGCCAAAUGUGACGGGUCACGAGCAGUCAGGAGCAACACCUGCCCAUUUCCCAGGACUUCCACCUGAGUUCAUGCAGGCCAUUGUGCACCAGAUCUCCCACCAAGCUGCUGCCAUGUCUGCCUCGACAGGUCAUCCAGCUGGCCCUGAAGAAGCUGCUUCCCAACAGUCCCCCCAUGCUGCUCAGGGAAGGGUGGUCAUUACUCAGCCAUCCUUCUCCCCACAUGUCCCUCAGUCUAUGGCAACCAGGGGAACCACCAUUAACCUGAGGGCUACAGUCCCCACAGCUGGCCAACAGCCAGGACAGGGCACACCUCUAGCUCCGUCCUCUCUCACCCAGAUCAUCAGUGGUCUGGUCAGACAGCUGCUGAUGCCAGGGCAGCCAGGUCAGCCAGGUGAUCCAGCGGCUUUGUCUUCUUCAACCAGCUCGCAGUCAUCCUUUUCUACCUCUUCUUCAUCUGAGUCCGCCGCCACAUCUCCACCUGUUGUCUCUAUCAACACCUCUGGACUGACAUCCACCCACACCACCAGUACAACCUCUAUAGGCCAACCAGCAGAGGGCAGUAGUGAUACAAAUGUGGCACAGCUCUUGGGCUCCUUGCUCGGAGCAGCUGGGCCAGGGGCUCCUGGCUCAGGACUGGCUUCCUCCAUCACAGUGACACUCCCAGGAGUGCCCAACUUCUUCCAGGCCAUGUCAGAACCACCACCUCCCACUGGUCUAGGUGGCCCUGUCCCUCCUCAGUCUGCCAGUCUUGCCCCAGCUCAGGUCGGCAACAGUCCCAGUGGAGAUUCUCUGAGCCCGGAGCUGUUCACUGGUAUUGUGCAGGGAGUGCUGUCCACUAUGAUGGGCUCUCUGGGGGCACACCAGGGUAAUGGAGAAAGCAUUGCCCAGUUCAUUCAGAGACUGUCCCAGACCAGCAACUUGUUUGCUCCUGGCUCUGGAGAUGCUGUAGGGUUCUUUGGUGACCUGCUGUCCCUGGUGUGUCAGAGCUUCUCCAUGGUGGACAUGGUGCUGUUGCUUCAUGGGAAUGCCCAGCCUCUAAGCCGCAUCCAGCCCCAGCUCACUGACUUCUUCACUGAACACUACCUCCAGGGCCAAGAGGCCACUGAUGCCAACAUAACUAGAGCAGCAGAGGGCCUCAUCAACGGACUGGAGGAAUAUAUCGCUGAGAGUUUUGCUGCAGUGACGGUGCGAGAGGGAGUGGACAUCGUUCAGACCAACCUCUCCUUCCUCAGACAGCAGUUCAGUCAGAUGGCCUCACAUAUCCUGCGCUGCAAUGAUCACAUGUUUGGCCCCCGUCUGCUGUUGCUGUGCACUCAGGGCCUGUUUGAGUGUCUGGCUCUAAACCUGUACUGCCUCAGAGGAGAACAGAGAGCUCUGACUGCCGUCAUUAACCAUCGUAUUAGGAGGAUGUCUACAGAAGUCAAUCCCAGUCUGGUCAACUGGCUGACCAGUAUGAUGUCUAUGAGGCUGCAUGUCAUUCUGGAACACAACCCAGUUACUGUGGACCAAAUCCAGCACUACGUUAUCUAUACACAAAGCGAGUUGAACCAGCCAGUGCCCGACGUGGAGCAGCCAGCAGAGAUUGCCAGUGUUGAGAUACAGGAGAGUCUGUCUCCAGUUGCAGCCACAACAGCAGAGGAGGCCAUGGUCUCAUCAUGUGACCGCGGAAGGGGAGCACCUGCUGGAGGCAGCACUACCCCAUCCAGCGACAAUCGAUGUCCUGCUCGUAUCCCUACAGGACAGGAGGAAGCAGCCCCUGAGAUGGAACCAUGGGCUGCAGCUGUUCCACCUGAGUGGGUUCCUAUCAUCAGACAUGACAUGCUGUCGCAGAGGAAGAUCAAAACACAGCCACCACUGUCUGACGCCUACCUGCACGGAAUGCCUGCCAAGAGGAGGAAGAUGAGUCAGUGUGAAGGCCCACACCUGUCCCUGUCAGACGCAGUCAGCCGAGCAGCCCGCGCUGCAGGAGUCCUCCCUGUCACUACCCCAAACAGCCUGCAAGGGGAGCUGGAGAGACCAGAGAUGCAGCAAGCGUACACCAAGCAGGUAAAGAGUGACAUCAAAGAGCGAGUUAGAGAGGACCCAGACUACAGUGCCCAGAGGUUCCCCAAGACACACAGAGCUUUCUCUCUAGAGGAGUCCUAAUCCUCGCCUGCGUGGAGCUAUGGAGGAGUAUGACUGGAUCCAGAACUGAUUCUGAAUGAGUACAUGUAGUGUCGUUACUUCCUGUAUUACACUGACAUUGUCUGUGGUGAUGACGUGUGCUGACAUCACUGAACGAUUCCACCGCGUUUCAGUGUAACACUAUCCGCUGUAGUUUGGUUAGAAUGGGAACAUCUGAUGACAGCGGAACCUUGAUGGCACAUGGUCUGAAAUUACUUGAUUCAUUCCAUGCUAAAAUAUUCACUUCUGUUCCCCGACACCUCUUAGAAACUUAAGGAAUCAGCUAGGUUCCUAAAAGAUGCAGCAUGAGCAGAUGUAAUGUAUCAGUUAACAUGUAUUCCUGGCCCACAGAAUAAAAAUGAUCAAGCUUUCUCUCAGAAAAACUCCUAUGCACUAGUUCUGAAGCAGUCUGAGCAUCAUGUAAUACCCAAUAGCUUUAGGAGAAUUGACAAUUUCAGUGUUUUGAGAAGAUGUUGAUAUACAGUUGCACUAUGAAGAGUAUGUGUUACAAGAAAAAAAAAGAUGUAAUAUAAGAAUGUAUAUGAAGAUGUAUGAGAUGAAGGCUGUAAUGUGAGCACACGUGUGUCUGUUCAGAUUUUAGUUCAUGUAUGAUGUCAUACUCUGUAUACCCUGUGUUGCGAAUGUAGUUGCACUAUUUGGCAAAACUGGAAAUGAGUUCAAAUUGUGCACUGUAAAUGGGCAGCGAUGUUGGAGCUUCGUCAGAUUUGUUUUAUUUAUUAUCCUGACCUUUGAUGUCACAAUGAAACAGGUAGCUCCUGUUUGCAUUUUAGACUAUUUUGUUUCGGACUGACACUGAUGUCAUCUAGUACACAAAUUCAGUAAUGUGAUAUUAUCUAAUGUUUAGCUGCAAUAUAGUAAUCUACCACAGCUUGAUGGUACCAGUGUGUUACAUUCAUCUGGCAUACAGGCAGCCAGUCAGUCCAUGAGCUACUACCUUGUGCUUGUUAACAACACUGAAAUAAAUCAGCUUCUAUGUCAAUGUUUCUAUAUAUAUUUCUAUAUAUAAGAAUCUCAUAAUGGCAACCAUAACAUACUUGUGCAUCCACCAGGCACUUCAUCAGAUUAUGUUUUAUGUUAAUAUGACCACAUCAUAACAUUUCUGCAUCCAUUCUAACCCAGAAACUGUUUUAUGAUCAUGUUUAUAAAACCAGUUUGUGUUGCAUCAUUAUCAAGUAGCCAUUAGAAGAUGAUAAAUAAAAAGUGGUCAUCAAUAGAUGUAUAAGGUCAGCAACAAUACUCAAAGAGGCUGUGGCACUCACCAUUCUACCACUCUGCCUGGAGUGUUGACACAAGGCACACACCGAUCAGGCAGAACAUUUUGACCACCUUCCUAAUAAUGUGUAGUUCUUCCUUGCGACUCUCAAACAGUUGUGACUCAUGAGAGAAUAGACAUGGGCCUUUUGAGGCUGCUUGGAAUGGCUGAUGCCAUAAGGAGUGCCAUUGCUAUGGGGUGGGUGCUACAUGUCUAAGUAACAUCCACAUGAAUACCAAGUCCAGAAAUUUGUCACUAGAUGGUUAAUGUAAUUUACUUCUCCUGUCAGUGGUUUUAAUGUUGUGGCUGAUCAGUGUAUUAUGUACAUUCUGCCAUCUCAUAUGGGGGGAGCGACAGAAGAAAGGGGAGGAGACGAAAGCAACAGAAGUAAUUCAUACAAAGGAGACUGAUAAGAGGCAUACAUAGAGACAGCAUUCACUGUAUUAAUUGUAGAAAAACUUCUAUACAUAGUGUUCUCAUAAAGUACCGACUGAGUGCAGUAAAACUCAAACCCUCAAACCCUGAACAUGGCUGUUGAGUUUGCAGUGUGUGGACUUAAAAAUAAGUACAAUACAAAUUUAGUUACUCUGAAUAUCAUUCUGUUUAAUUAAUUAAUGUAUGUGUAAUGUGGCAGAAGCUUUCUUUCAUACAGGUGAUUAUUUAUCUCUAGGCUGAUGCAUGAUCAAUGUCCUAAAAAAUAAAGCAUGGUGUUCACCCUC